GAUGCCGCUUUAAGUUAGUUUUCAUAAAUGGUAUUAAAAAAUUCAGGAUUACAGGUUGACAAAACAUCUGCCACGUUGUCUGACGAAGAGAAGAAAACACUGAAUAAACAACCAGCGGGAAAUUGGGAGGCAAUGCUGACAGAAGUACGACGCUCUUCGUGUAUACAAGAGCACACGAUUUCAGACAUUACUUGGUCGUCUGCUAAACUACCUUUGAGCUGGCCUGAUCUUCUUUCUGUAGAAUAAGCUUCCUCUGGGUGGAUAUGUCUGAGAACCGUCAUGCUGUUGCCAGCUGUCUUUCUCUUGCUUCAUCUGGCAAUGACUUUCAUUCUUCUCCAUGGCUUGGAUAUCUCUGAGUCUCAGCAAGCGGAGCACGGAUGCCCAGAAAGCUGUUUCUGCUUUGAGAGUGUUAACGGUGGGCUGUCAGUCCGUUGCAGCAACAUGCAAUUGAUAACAGUGCCGCAUGGCCUUCCCAACACCACACAGCAUCUUUACCUGAACAACAAUCUGCUGGUUACCAUACCAACUGAUUCCUUUUUAGACCUCCCCCUGCUGUGCAAGCUAGAUAUUUCCCACAAUAGGCUAAACCACCUGGAGCCCGGAGCUUUCCGAGGUCUGGCUGACUCGUUGGUUAGCUUAGACCUUUCAUACAACCAGCUGGAGACACUGGACCCGAAUGUGCUUGGAGACAUCCGAGCCCUCACAAAUCUCUCCCAUAAUCCCUGGCUGUGUGACUGCCGUCUGCAGAUGACUAUGCCACAGUUGCUCCUGGAUCCAUCGUCCCUCUCUGAGGUCGUGUGUAACAGUUCUGAACCAGAGGUGUUGGGGGCUCAAGGUUUGCCCUUUAUUCUGAUAGCGACUGAUGUUGACUUUUGUGGGGCGCUUCGGAAAACCACUGACGUGGUUAUGCUGGUAACCAUGUUUGGGUGGUUUGCUAUGGUUAUAUCCUAUUUAGUUUACUAUGUAAGGCACAACAGGGAAGAUGACGAACGUCACAUAGAGUACCUCAAGUUUCUUCCCAACAGACAGAGCGGUCAGAAGAGUGUUUCGACACUUAGCACGUGGCUGUAAAAAAACACCAUAUAUGUAAAAUAUGAAGUGGAGUACAACUAUCCUCAGUUAUGCAAUGUACAAUCUUUCAACUUUUUAUUGUUUAUAGGUUUCUCUUUUCAUAGCUGUGGGAAACCACCCCUAUAAGUAUUCAUUUAGUUUCAGUUGUUGUUCGUUAAAUUGCUUAGGAGAAAUAAAAAC